AUGAGCAACAACGACAACACUGCCAUGAACAUGCCUGAGGACGCUGCCGCCGUGGCCGCGGCCAACAACGAGCAGAAUGAGGAUGAUCUCACCCUCGUAGACCAGGAGGACAUCCUGCUUGUCAAUGUGCGUCGUCUUCCGGUUCCACUGUCGACUGGGUACAGAACAUUCGCGCAGAUGGCAGCUGUAGUGCCCACAUACUGCCGCCCGCUGGAGAACCAGAGCGUGAGCUUUGUCAGCGCCCACGCCGCCGGAGACGACGACGGUCAUCUUUUCUAUGGGCCCAACGUGGAUAUGGGGCCUUUCACUGCGGAUACCUUCGACAUGGGGCAGUUGAACUUCGGGGCCGGCGCCAUGGAAUUUGCGCAGCUCCAGGGCUUCUUUCCGUUUCAGGUCGUCGAGAGCGCGCAAGUCAUCGUGAACGAAGAUGAGCUAGACGAGACCGAAGAUAUGGAGGUCGAGGAGGUUCUCGACGUCGAAGACGACGAGCACGACGACGUCUAA